GUCCAACCGUGACUGCCAGAUAGACCAGCAUCACCGGAACCAGUGCCAGUACUGCCGCCUGAAGAAGUGCUUCCGGGUGGGCAUGCGGAAGGAGGGCCGCCGGGCUGCACGCCGCGCCCAUGGCCGCCGAGCGCGCCGUGGCCUUCAUGGACCAGGUGCGCGCCUUCCAGGAGCAGGUGGACAAGCUGGGCCGCCUGCAGGUGGACUCGGCCGAGUACGGCUGCCUCAAGGCCAUCGCGCUCUUCACGCCGGAUGCCUGCGGCCUGUCGGACCCCGCGCAUGUGGAGAGCCUGCAGGAGAAGGCGCAGGUGGCGCUCACCGAGUACGUGCGCGCCCAGUACCCGACCCAGCCCCAGCGCUUCGGCCGCCUGCUGCUGCGCCUGCCCGCGCUGCGCGCCGUGCCCGCCUCGCUCAUCUCGCAGCUCUUCUUCAUGCGCCUGGUGGGCAAGACGCCCAUCGAGACGCUCAUCCGAGACAUGCUGCUGUCGGGCAGCACCUUCAGCUGGCCCUACGGCGCCGGCCAGUGAUGCCCGCCAUUUUUAAAGACUGGAGAUGUUUGUCCUUCUGUUUUUUAAAUGAUCAAUAACCAAAAAGAGACAUCUUCUGGGCCGGCUUGGGCUCGCGGCACCCCCGGCCCGGGUGGGGUGACAGCCUGGUCCACAGUCCCCCAAGCACGAACUCCGGGCGGCAGGCGGGUGUCCCCGGCGUCCCGGAAGGGCCGGGGUCUGAACCUGCGGUCCGCGUGGGACAGUGCGAGGUGGGAAAGUCAGGCUGAUAAACACGAUUUGUACUGCG